AUUCAAAUAUAUAUGGAGACUAGAAACAAUGUCACAGAAUUUGUUCUACUUGGGCUCUCAGAGGAUCCAAAGAUGCAGAAAAUUGUAUUUGUUGUGUUUUUCCUCAUCUACAUCACCUCUGUGGUAGGAAAUUUGCUCAUUGUGGUCACCAUCAUUGCCAGCUCAUUGUCAGCAUCCCCCAUGUAUUUUUUCCUGGCCUAUCUCUCCUUUAUUGAUGCCUGCUAUACUUCUGUCAGUACUCCUAAACUUAUUAUAGAUUCACUCUUUGAAAACAAGACAAUCCCGUUCAACGGAUGCCUGACCCAAGUCUUUGCGGAUCAUUUCUUAGGCGGCUCUGAGGUCAUCCUGCUCACUGUGAUGGCCUACGACCGCUAUGUGGCCAUCUGCAAGCCCUUACACUAUGCAACCAUCAUGAAACAACAGGUGUGUGACGUGCUAAUGGGAGUAGUGUGGGUGGGAGGCUUUCUUCAUGGAGCCAUACAGAUCCUCUUCAUCUUCCGUCUGCCCUUCUGUGGCCCCAAUGUCAUAGAUCACUUUAUGUGUGAUCUGAAUCCUUUGCUCAAUCUGGCCUGCACGGAUACCCAUGCCCUAGGACUCUUUGUUGCUGCCAACAGUGGGUUCAUCUGUCUGUUGAACUUUCUCCUCUUGAUAGUCUCCUAUGUCGUUAUUUUGCACUCCCUAAAAAGCCAGAGUGCAGAGGCAAGGCAGAAAGCCCUCUCCACCUGUGUCUCCCACAUCACAGUAGUCAUCAUGUUCUUUGUGCCCUGCAUAAUUGUGUACCUGAGACCGGCAGUGGCAUUACCCAUUGAUAAAGCAGUUGCUGUGUUCUACUCUAUGAUAACUCCCAUGUUAAAUCCCUUAAUCUAUACCUUGCGAAAUGCCCAGAUGAAAAAUGCCAUUAGAAAAUUGUGUAGUAGGAAAACAUUUCCAGAUGACAAAUAAAUGUGCCUGGAGAUUGAAGUUGAUUCAACUGAGGAAGGGAUUAGAGGACAUUCUGGAUGACCUCAUCAAAAAUUUGUAGGGGAGGAGAUAUAUAUAUACACACACACAUAUACUCCAGUGUUUGCUA